CAGCUGAUCAUCAGUUCCGUCAAAGACUCUCCGGUUGUCAAUGUCUGGUCCUUUGAACGCAAGGAUCAGUUGCAUCUGAAGAUCAUUUGUCCCAAUAAAGUGACGGCUUUGAAGACCACCAAUGAUGGCAAAUACUGUUUGGUGGCCAUCAAUACCAGUCUUUACAUUUGGCAGACAUCUUCGGGCGAAUUGUUGGCUAUAUUGGAGAAACACUACCAGAAGAUCACGUGCAUAGCUGUGACCAGCGAUGACUCGUAUAUCGUGACCGCCGGUGACGAUGGGUUGGCGUUUGUCUGGUCAUUGGGUGUGAGCGUCGGUUACAACGAGUUUGACGUGACGGACACUGAAUCGACACUUCGGGAUCCGAUCCAUAAGUGGUCGGAUCACACGAAUGCCAUCACUGAUGUGCACAUAGGGUUGGGAGGCAUUGAAGCCUAU